UCUAGCUAUUGCUAGUAAUAGUUGGCAUUUGGCAAUGGAGCAACCACCAUUCGCCGAAGAUGAACCAACCGCCUCAAAAAGCCAGCAGUUAGACAAUUCCCAGCAGCAGCAGCAGCGCGUGGGAGGCAGCGGAGGCACGCGCCACCCAGUGUACCGCGGCGUGAGGAAGCGGCGGUGGGGGAAGUGGGUGUCCGAAAUCCGGGAGCCGCGGAAGAAGUCCCGCAUUUGGCUCGGGUCCUUUCCGGUCCCCGAGAUGGCGGCGAAGGCCUACGACGUGGCGGCGUACUGCCUCAAGGGCCGGAAGGCGCAGCUCAACUUCCCCGACGACGUCGACAGCCUCCCCCGGCCCCUCACCUCCACCGCCCGGGACAUCCAGGAGGCGGCGGCCAAGGCGGCGCACAUGAUGGCCGUCGUGAGUUCCGCGGCCGAGAAGAGUGACGUCACAAGUAAUGCGUCGAAUGAUGGAGGCGACGACGGCGGUGGCGGCGACGACAGCGAUGACUUCUGGGGCGAGAUUGAUGAGUUGCCGGAGAUAAUGAGUGGCGGCACCGGAGAGUUUUGUAGUUGGAAUAGUGCUUGCGGGUGGACGUCGGUGUUCAUCGGCGAUGCCGCGGUGUGGCCGGAGGGAGAGGUUCCGCAGCCGUUCAUGGCGUGCCUCUAGGGUUUGUGGUUGGUAUAUGUGGUUUUGUUUCUGUGUAGUAUAUGCCAAUUACGACCAAUUAAGCUACUUAACUCUCAUGUGUCCACCUUUUAUGUGCUUAAUUGUAUAAAUUAGAUGUGGUGUAUAUUUUUACAUGGGUAUUUGAAAUAUAUACACAUAUAUAUAUAUA